AUGCCGUCUCCCAUGGAGGAGAAGAUGAAAGCCAUGUUAGCCCUGAAUGCCAGGGGCGGCAAAGAGGAGAAGUCGAUGGUCCCUCAGGAGAGUGCCCUCGUUCUUUCAGAAGGGAAUCCUCAAGCUGGGACAAGAGGUCCAGAAGCUUCCUGGGACACGGUGGGACAGACGGAGAUGGUGCCUCAGGGCCGGCGUUCACGCAACGCAGGUAUGCACACCAUCGAGAUCUAUUUCCCACAGUUCUAUUUCACCCAGGUUGAUAUGGAGGAAUUCGAUGCAAAGCCCGAUAGGUAUGGCCCCACAGUCAUUGGCAAAUACACCAAAGGUAUCGGCCAAGUCGAAGCGAGGUUUCCAUCGGAUGAUGAGGAUCCGAUCAGUUUCGCCAUGACGGUGGUUCACCGCCUCCUCGAGAGGAUGGAAGCCAAAGGCAUCAACGAGACAGGAAACUAUAUGCCCAAUGGGCAGCCCCUGAGUGUUUGGAAUGCCAUCGGCCGCAUCGACAUUGGCACCGAGUCAAUUACGGACAGGUCCAAGUCUAUGAAGUCUUUCAUCAUGGACAUCUUCGAACGCUAUGCCAACGAGUCCAACAUCGAGGGCGUGGAUCAGUACAACGCCUGCUAUGGUGGACAAGCCUGCGGACUUUGUACCCUCAGCUGGGUCGAGUCCGAUCGUUGGGACGGCCGCUACGGCAUCGCGGUGGCCACCGACAUCUCGGAAGCGCAUCCGGGCUUCAUGGCCUUCGUGGGGGCGGCGACGACUGCUGCACUCUUUUUCCCCGACGCGCCCAUGUGUCACCAUUCUCAACGCGCGAGUUGCGUGUUGCAUCGCUUCGACUUCUGCAAGCCCGUGGGCUGGCAUGACAUGGCACCCAUCACCGAUGGAAAGUACAGCGUUGAGUGUUACCUCGACGCACUGGAUGCGUGUCACUCCACGCUGAGGCAAAAACUCAAUGGCCGCGGCCCUUUGGAGGUCACCGAUCUGAACGUCUUCCACACGGGAGGUGGCUACCAUAUCGUCCGAAAGGCCUUUGAACGCUUGGUGCGGGCGGAGAAUAGGGGCAUCAAACCUGAUGAGAAGGAGCGGUUGCUUCAAGAGAAACUCAUGCCAUCGGUAAGUCUUUUGAAGAUCAUCGGCCCUUGCCACACCGUCUCGUCUUUCCUCAAUACUGCCUCGACGAUCAUGAACAAGAUGGAGCAGGCCCUGGGAAAGAUCAUUUUGGUCUUCACCUACGGUUCUGGCUGUGCAGCCAGCAUGUACCAGAUGCGGGUGGAUGAUGUGCCUUUCUUCGAUCCUUACGAGAUUUGGAAGUUGCAGUUUUACCGCAAUGCCAUCAAGGUGACGCCGGAAGAAUCAGUUCCAUUGCAUCACUACUAUGUGCAGACGUGGAUGAAGUUUGACUAUUUCCCACAGGGCCGCAGGAGCUGCAAGGUCUCGCUGUGGAAAUAUGAGGAAGAUGUCUACUAUCUCAUGCAGAUUGACAAAUUUGGGCGACGAUUCUAUCAUCGAGGUGGACUGUCCACGGGUCCGAUGGAUCCGAGUUUGAAACUGCCGGUAGACAAGGCUGAAGAACGUCCGAGCCGUGAAAGCUGGGGUCCGGUCUUAGUGCGUCCGGAAGAGAAGCAAAAGGCCAUUAGCAGCAGCAAGGAGGAGAGGUUCAAGGAAAUCGAGUAUACGAUGGCCUUUGGCGACACAGAAGAAGCCCGUUUCGAGGAGAUUUCAGAAGUCACUGACAGGUACAAUCCCAACCAGAAGGUGACCAUUCGCAAAGCCAUCGAACGGGAGAUCACCUUAGAACCUGACGGUGACUCCCACAGUUAUCAAAUCCUUGGGACCUGGUCUGGCCGAAGUCCGGAGGAGAUGACCUGUGAAGAUGGCGCCUGGUCGUUUGAGAUCACCAUCGGUGAGAAUCGCUGGGAAUCGUUUUACCUCACCCAGGACAAUGACACUGAAAAGCGAAUUGUGCCCAACGUCUCCAAAGCCACCAAGGAGGCCGUGCCGGUGGGCCCUUUGAGCACAGGCCCCAAACAUGAAUGGCUCUUGGACUGUCGAGCACGCGUGAAUGUGCCGGAGGAGCAGGUGGGAUUGCCUGGUGACAAGUAUCGUGUGACUUUCAGGUGGGACAAGCUGAAAGAGAUCUCGUGGGAAAAGUUAGAUGCUGAGAGGGCCGAGGUUUCCCAAGGCAAGUACUAUCUCACUGGCCCUUUCAAUGAGUGGAACUUGGUGGAAAUGCAGGUCGACACCACGGGUCCCAGAAGGAGGCGAAAAGGCUGGUUCAGCACUGAGGUGCAAGUGUCAACAUUGGCCAUGGAGUUCUGCGUGGUGCGGAACGAGGACUUCACACAGACCAUCCAUCCCGAGGUCCUGCCAGGGCAAAAGGUGUCGCAACACUCGGCCAUUUGCGGUCCUGACGAUGGUGAGGGCACAUGGAAGAUCGAGGACUUACCUGGAGCAGUCUACAAGAUCUUCUUCUUCCGUGAUCCGGAAGACUGUGAGGCGAGUUGCAUGAGGAUCGACUGGAAGAAGGUGGAAGAAGUACCCAAAGCCCCGGCAACAGAAGCGGCGAAGAAAACCACCGAGUGA